CUUCGAUGGUGUAGUAGCCACAAUAUGUUUUUCUAACAUAACCUCAAUAAAAUGCUAGAGUUAAAAGAAGUAAUUAAUUCGUAAUUAAAAUGUCUUUAUACGACGAUGUGGAUGUAAAAACUCGACCAACAGAUAACGUUUCGGGUUGGUCAUCCGGCAUUAAACUACUUCAGUCGCAAUUACAACUGAAAAGGGCCACAGUCACCCAGCCGAAGCGAGACCAAUCUCGGAAGGCAAGUUUGGCACCGGUUAUCGACUUGAAGAGCAAGAAGGACGAAGACGAUAUAUUUACUUCAAUUACUCAAACACCGAUACGUACUAAAAUCGAACCAAUUGUACCUGUGAUACCAAAUAUUCCCUCGUUUGCGUCGGAAUAUGACUGGAAUGUUGAUAACGAGUAUGAUCCCUUGUGGCCAAAUGAAUAUGAGAAGAUUGUAAAAGAGUUGCGUGAUAAUCGUGAUAGAGAUACGGAUAAAGAUGAGAAGAGACGUGAAAAACGUAGGAAAAGCAGGUUUAACGAUCCCGAAGAGGAGAUUGUUGUGGCUACUCCUCAAGUGACAAUUCCUCCAUUGAGCAGUGGAUUUGCAGGUCGAUGGGAAGAGGAGGAAGAAGAGCCGGUAGCUAAACCAUCACGGGCAGGAGGUGGUGUUGCUAUUGCACCACCUCCAAGUUUACAAGAACCGCAAGAGUCUCCUUUGAUUAACAACAAACUGCUGAGCAAUACAUAUGAUGGUAGUUCUGUAGCUGCGAAAAUUAUGGCGAAAUACGGCUUUAAAGAGGGUCAGGGUUUGGGUAAGCAAGAGCAAGGCAUGUCUAUGGCGUUACAAGUUGAGAAAACCUCAAAGCGCGGCGGUCGUAUCAUCCAUGAGAAAGAAAUUAUGCUUCCACCACCUAUUGAUGUCAAGUCUGAGCAAAGUAUUACGGAAAUAAUGAAAACACCGGGGAAGGUGGUACUUUUGCGCAAUAUGGUUGGGCCUGGCGAGGUCGAUGACGAGUUGGAGCCAGAAGUUAAAGACGAGUGUAACACCAAGUAUGGUGAUGUCGCUACCGUAACAAUUCACGAGGUACCCAAUGUGGAACCGGAGGAUGCAGUGCGAAUAUUCGUGGAAUUCAGGCGGAUUGAGAGUGCUAUUAAGGCAGUUGUUGAUCUCAAUGGACGUUUCUUUGGAGGACGACAAGUUAAGGCGACAUUUUACGAUUUGGAUAAGUUUUAUAAUUUUCAACUGAUGGAAUAGCCACUAUCCGUUUGCGAAGAAUAGACAAUUUGUUUAUUAAAAUUAAUAAACACAAUUAUUUCUCUUUA